GGAGUUUGUCGGGUCGCUUGUGAGAAGCCGCGAUGAAAUUCGCUCUGCUACUGAGUUUCGCUGCGGCGUUGGCGGUCGUCGCCGCCCUUCCUGCCGCAGGGACAGCGCCCGACGCCUCACCUGCAGACGCAGCUUCUAGCUCUGCACCCGCAGCUGCCUCCGCCCCUGCAGCUGCACCUGCAGCUGCGCCUGCUGCUUCGGCAGCUUCAGCUGCACCGGCGGCUGGUGCAGCUGCAAGUGUUGCUGCUCCCGCCCCAGCUGCAGCCGCGGCUGCUCCCGCUCCUGGUUCCCUGGCGGUUGCUCCUCCCACCUUACCCCCGGCGGUGGCCCAUAUCGUCAAGAAGUACCAGGCCGCGGCGGCUGCCCUCAAGCCCCCUGUGCCGGCGACCGUGUGAGUCGGCAGCGCCCUGGACCGACCUCCUCGCGACGUGAGAAAAACAUGCGUUUAGGAAGUGUUCCAGUAUCUCGUCAUGUAUUCCGCUCAAUGAGUGUAUACAUUCAUAUCAAAGCUUUACGAUCAGUGGCAAUAAAUCAUUGAUGUGUUAA